AAAAAAAAAAAAAGACAACAGACAAGGCGACAGAUGGCGCCACUGGCGCACAUUUAGUAAAUGUCAGCGUGUCAGCGGCAGAGCCCAAAAACGCGCCGAGGGGAGGGACGAUGGUCCCGUUGUGCCCAUCACGGAUGAUUUUUUUUACAUAGCUCCCAGUUGGUGCCCCUUGUACCGCCGUGAAUUUCCCAGCCUCUAUUCGUGAGAAACUCUUGCCCGAAAACGCUUACGGUACGUUUCCGCGUGCACCAGAUCUUCGUCCGCAUUUCUGGUGAAUGCGCAGCAUUAUAUUUUGUCGCAAUUCAUGAAUAUUUAUCGCGUCGGGGUGUGUGUUUGCAGUCGACUCGGAAAGAGUGUCGACGUCCGGGUUCCUCCACCACUGACCCCCUAAAACGAAUCGAAAGAAAAAGAAACGAGUCGCAACGGCGUCAAAACAAGUGGGGGUGCGUCGCUAUCUGUGUUGUACGUCUCGCAUGCGGUGCAGCAGCGCGAACGUUUCGUUUGUGCAGAGCGGAGACUGCUACGCUGCUACUGACUGAUCAUGCUUCUCCGGCGGACUACACAGUAGCGGCGACGCAGAAAGUGGCUCGUCGCUGUGGUCGUGCCCGCGCGACCUCAGCAGCGGCAACGCUCGUGCGUCACGAACUCAUUUCCGCAGGAGGGGGGAGAAAGUAACACAGCGAAAGAAGGGGGUGGGGAAGGGGGAAUUUUGUUUUUCGAAAACAAGAUCGAACCAUGCGACCACGCGACAGACCUUCAAGUGGUGCGAACUUGGCUCGGGGCUGCGACGACUUCGUCGGACUCGGUGGUGUCGGCUGACCUGGAGAACGGAGUAGCACGGCGAUGCUUCUCAGGUGGUGAACGCGGUGAACGUGCGCGGGCGUUCACGGUGGUGCAGUGGGGUGGUGGUGAGUCGCGGAGGUGGGUACGGGGGACGCAGCAUUGGAGAGCCGACGACGCAGGGAACCGCCGCCCCAGGGCUGCUGUACCCUGAGGCUGAUCCGCAGGAUGGGUGCGCUCAUCAGCAGCUUCUUCCAGACGGGGGGCCACCUGCUCUCGUCGGGCACGUCGGAUGCCACGCGCAGGUUGGUGCUCGCGUUGCUCGACGAGAUGCGUAGCAGGGAAAGCACGCACAUCCACUGGUCCGCCAUCGAGAGCUUCAUCGUCCAGAUUCCGAAGGGGGAGAACAUCCUGACGGUGAUGGGUCCAGACAACUACAACCUGCUCCAGCGUGCCAUUGGCUUCAACUGCGUCGAGCUAGUGCGCUGGAUCCUCGGAAGGGGCUGUGACCUCAAUCGCGGAGUGUGCAGCCUUCCCCUCCACAUCGCCGCAUUGCAGGGCAACGAAGAAAUUGUGGAACUUCUCCUCAAGCACGGAGCACGCGUGGAUUCCGAGGCCCGCAUGUGUUUCCCGGGACCCCACAAUCAGGUGUGCGAGCUGUGCAGCUCGGUGGGCGUGGCGUCGACGGACCGCUACUCUGAGCGGCUGCAGUCAGCCGAGUACUAUGCCAUCGAUGGGGACCACUCCGAGAUCCUGGAGCUGCUGUUAGCCCAGGGCGAGGACAGCUGGCUUCCCUGGCAGCAGAAACGGCCAUUGCUGCACCUGGCCUGCGAGCGAGGUGCCUGGAACUGCGUGCGCUUCCUGGUCGCAGAGCGUUCUGAGGAGCUGAACCAGUGCUACGACGAAUACUUCCCCAUCCACCAGGCUGCCUUGCAGGACAAAAAGUUCUUGGAGCUGCUGAUCCAGUGUGGGGCCGAGGUGACCGCCCGUACCACGACCCAGCAGCUGACCGUGCUGCACGUGGUGCUGCUGUUGGGCAAGAAGUCUGCCCAGGAGACCCUGGCCGUGCUGCGAGUGCUCCAGGACCACGGCUGCCGCGAGCUCAUCAACGAGCCGGACAGCUUGGGCAACACACCGCUGCACGUCCUCAUUGUGCGCUAUGCCCUGGAAGAGUCGCGCUACGGCUACCAGGAGCCGCGCCCCUGGACCAAGUGGGACAUGCUGCACCUGGUCCGCUACCUGCUCCAGAGCGGCGCGGGCCCCAGCAUCAACCGGCCAGGGAACAGCGCCCUUGCAUGCGUGCUUCGUCACGUGCGCGACUGGGAGUUCCGCUACGAGCUGUUGGACAUGCUGCUCCAGAGCGGUGGAGACCCCAACUGCGUCGGCCGGGAUGGCUCGGCGCCCCUCAUGGUCUGCCUGGUACCCCUCAUCAACAAAGAUCCCCUGCACUGCCUGUCUCACACCAAGAAGGUCUUCUACCUCAACUCGGUGCGGCUGCUGUGUCGCCACGGCGCAAAGCCCAACUGCAAGACGCGCAGCAACCUGACCCCGAUGCACGUCCUCGUCUUCACGGCGGGCGAGUACAUCACGCUGAACCGGGAGGGGGACAAGCGCAGCGCCUUCGCCUUCAUCCGCCAGCUGCUGACGGUGCUCCUGCAGCACGGGCUGGACCCCAACGCCCGUUUCUCGCAGCGCACCCAGCACAUCCUGCUGGCACUGCUCGACCUGGUGCAGAAUGCGAGGCUGCCCUCGGACUUGGAGCACGUGCAGGCGCUGACUCUGGCGCUGCUCGUGCACGGGGCGGACCCGGACGUGCAGAUUAGCUCGGCCGAACCGGUCAUCUGCCACUCGCAGAGUUCCGUCUUCCUCAAGAAAGCCUGCAAUCAGGUGCUCUACUACUACAUCCAGCUCAUCAUUGGCAAGGAGGAGCUCCUCAACGACCCUGAGGAACGCUUUGCCAGCUUGCUCUGGCUCUACUACGACACCAUGGACCACCGCAAGCUCUACGGCUGCCUCAAGAACUUUGUGGGACAGGCAGCCCUGCUUCCCCCGGCCCGGGCGGCCAACCUCGGGCGCGUCCUCAAGGCCAUGUACAGCCGGCCGCGGUCCCUCAAGCAGAUUGCGCGCGUGGCCAUUCACCAGGCCCUGAACCACCAGGUGGCCAUGUCCGUAGGGAAGCUGGCCCUGCCGGGGCCGUUGCGGGAGUACCUGCUCCUAGAGUGGACGCCCUAGUCAUUCGUCGGUGCCUCCUAAAGGGCGCCCCAGGUGCUCCAACAUGGUGUUCCGGUCGCCGCCGGAACGCCCGUCUGCUGUGGCGGGACGUGGAACCGGCGGUUACUCUAUUCCGUUUCGCCUUACGACGAACUGCGAAGGGCUUUGCGCACUGUCAAAGCCAAUCCAAUGAUGCGCGACUGUCACACGACACGUUUGCAGUGCCGGAUCGGCUGGGAUGGCUUGUAGCGUGCACUGCGGUCCAUCGUAAGGUUUAAAUGGAGUAUACAUAAGAUCGUAGAGUGGUAGCACUUAUUAGCAGGUAUGGCUCGACAGAUGGAUUUCACCUGCCGUUUCGUCGAACCGCCGGCGGAGGAUGGGUGUUUGUGUCGAAGUAGCAUGCACCAACACUGCCCCCCUCGUCGCUUCAAAGAAUGAAGACAACAUUCGUCUAUCCACCUGUGCUCGUCGUCAGUUCUGGAAAAAAAACAAAAAAAAAACAACAGGUUUUGGCCCUAGUUUAGAUACUGCACAAAGUCGUUCUCGAAAGAUUUGGUUGUUGUAGGCAAAUACGAUGCUUUUUGCAUUUGGAAACAAACGACUGAUCUUAAGUGCACCUACAAGUACCUUAAUUUGCCACGUAGAGGGAAAUUAGCAGUGCUCAACAGGAGCCAAACUUUUUGCAUUGCGGUUCUUGACGCAAAAACAAGUACAAUAGCUUUUCGAGGGCUGAACAAGGGGCACCACGUGAAAACUUGCACCUAAAUCCAUACCGUGUUCAAGACUGUCGUAGAAGUUGCAUUUUGAAGUGUAUGAAAAAGUGAAAACGCUGAAUUGUGCCAUGGAAAUAAGACUGGCAAGCUAAAAGAAUUCGUGAUGGAAGCCCAAGGUUUUCUUUGUGAAUGUUAGACGGAGACUGUGAGAUCAAUCCACUAGCACAGAGGUUCGCAAACUUCUUCGAUCUCAAGGAUCUGCUUUCAAUGGAAACCGAAGAACCUCAGUCUUGGCAUUGAUGUAGUAAAGCAGUGCAGAACUCGAGACCUCAUAAACAAUGCAUAUACUAGGAAGUGUGGGGCUCAUAGCUAUGCGUCGAUGGCUGGCUCGGAUCAGCUAACAUAGUGCUUAAACUGGAAACACCUCUUGCCUUGGGGCAGAGGCUGUUAAAGAAAAUUUUGAGCUCGGAAAACCCACGAGGCUGCUCCAGGAAACUCCUGAAUACCUAGGGACUCGGUUUGAGGACACUACCAAAACACUGUUCCGCUGGACCAGCAUGUGACAUGCAGCCAAAACUACAAUAGGUUGUCUGCAUCCCAAAACGGACUGGGGUCUCGAUCUACCCGGCAAGCAGUCGGCAGUAGUGAGGACCAUCCAUAGACCCUAGUUCGAUCUGGUCUUGAUGUGUAAAACAACAGGAGGUGAUCUUCACUGUCCAUUUGUGUCAAACCAUGCUGCGAUUGUUUUGGGAUACCCGUUGGCCGCUGCUCUACCGAGCUCCGUCCUGUGCUAAGCGAGUGCACAUAGCCUUUGGGAAAAGAGUUGGGCUUAAAAAGCGAUCAAGGAAGUGAAGCUUGUACAGUCGAAUCUCGUUAAUUCAAACUCACGGACACUUCAAACUAACAUGCAAGUCUUGUCUUAUUUGUUUCUAGGGAGACAACUCCCGGUAGUUCAAAAUUUGCAUUAUUCAAACAAAGUUUUGGUCCUCCUCAGGUUCAAAUUAACGAGAUUUUACUGUAUUAAAUUGGGGUGGAUAGGGUGCCUUAAUAAUGUGUACAAGUUUGUAGGGCGAUGACAUCGAACAAUUUCGGGCCCCGACAUCUCUCCCGGCUCAUGUUCUUAUAGUUUUGACCUUUGCUAACGUUAGCAUUUGGCUUAACGCUACUUUUCACUAUUUACCCCAUGAUCGCAUGCUGCCGGCUUCGGAUACUACUACAAAGAGCGGCACUCUCCUCAAAAGAGCAUUGAGGAACCUCAAAAGUGGGCUACCCCCGACAAAAUAUAAAAAAUAAAGCUGACAAAUUUUGAUGGCUUUAUUCUGCUCACCUUGUAUGGCAGGGUCGGAACAAUGUGCGAUCACUCAAACAGCCGAGCUGAUGCAGCAAACGUAUGGAAGUUGUGACAUUUUAAGAAAUGUAGAAUUGUUAAAAAAAAGGGGAAAAAACUGCCAGUACAACAUUGAUUUGCAUAACCGAGACAAUAGCUAUCAAAAGGCUGGACCAUGUGAUGUCAUUUUUCUGUCUAGGUUAAAAUAUUUACAAAACAAAAAGAAACGCUCCAGAAACUGUCAAAUCAUCUUCCUGAAAAUCUGAGAAGGCGUCUGUCGGAUACUGUUAUGCUGCUCCCAAUUUUUAAGGGGGAUCUGGUUAGGCAUCGAAAGACGUUUGGCCAGCUUGUUUAGGCGAUUUUUUUUUACAUGAAGCACCAGUAUGUAAAAGUAGACAAAAAAAAAAAUGGCCUAGCCAGUGCCAAAUGCAGUGGUGCCAUUUUUUGAGGGAAGUUGUAACUUGGGGUUCACACUUUAACUAUUUUGUUUGUGCUCUUUGGAGUUCACCCUUUAAUGGACAGUGUAAAUGGAAGGGAACACUUGGCACCACUGAUGCACGAAGUCAAAGACUGCAGGGAUGAAUGGCUUUUUCAAUAGCAUGGCCACUUUGCAACGUCGGAUACCGUAGUUCCGCAUUACGGAACAAUAUCUAACACAAGGUCUAAAAAUAAAAAAUAAAAAACACAUGCACUGCCUAGCUGGAAAAAAAAAAAGCGUCCUUCCCAUUUCUUGCCAUGUUUGGCAGUUUGCAGUUUUAUAUGUACAAGUAAAAAGAAAAGUUAUACACAAGCUGGUCUUGUCCAUGUUGUGCAUGUUGUUAACAUGAGUUUUAUUGCCCCUCCCCCUGCCCUCCAAUCUUUCUCUAUCUUUUUUUUUGGGGGGAAGGGGGGGGGGGGGGGGGGCAAUGGCACACUUGUGCAGGGCUGUGAGGUUUGUUACAGUGUUCUGCAUAUCUUUGGUAGGUCUAUUUAUUUCCGCAGGUAAGGCGGUACGGGCUAUAUCUUGUCAUAUUACUUGUAAGGUAAAAGGCAAGAAAACAAGUGUUUUGUACGCUGCCAAUUGUGUAUUAAAAAAAAAAAAAGUGUCGGAACCAGACAUGCAUGUAAACAAAACUAAAGUGUCGUAUCGACAGAUUGUUACCUAUGUUUGUAACUGGUGUGCCUGUUCGUGGCUGGUAAAAAAAAAAAAAAAAAACUGCAAUAUGGUAUCAUAACGAAUGCACAAAUGCCAAUUAAAAAAAAAAGGGUACUUGCUCUCAUCAAA